GAUGAUCCCUGGAUGAGUGGCGCGAAAAUUUUUUGUGCCUUGUGUUGUCGAGCCGCCAAGAUAGAUAAAGAUACUGCUAGAUAUUGAGUUUACUUUUCGGUAAACUUUAAAUUGGUGUUUAAAUAGAUUACUGUAACUUUUAAUUGUUUGUUUUUAAUACUUAUUUUUAUUACACAUUCUAACUUGAUUGUCAUCACCUUUAAUAGUCAUUGUUUUUGUGAUUAUAGAUGGAUUAAACGUCGCGCUUUAAAUAAUUUUAUUUUUUACGUUUGCCUCUUUAUAUUCCGAGUGACUCGCAUUAUCCUUGUUUCCCUUUACAUAAGUUGGUCCUUUUUGUUUGUUAAUUUUUAUUCAUCAAAUUAUAUCUCUACUUUCACAUUAAUUUUAACCAUGAGGAUUUACUGCCCUGAAAUCGCUUGGCAUAAUCAAGAACCGGUUCUUUCGUUGGACAUUAAAAAGAUUGACAACAAUUUGUAUAAAGCCAUUACUUCUGGGUCAGACAGACAUUUGGUUGUUUGGAAAGUUACUCUGGCUCAACGAGACGUCAACAGUGUUCCGUGUAGCAGUAAUGGCAGUUUCGCUAGUGGAUCUACUAUUAAAAAACAAGUUACUAUUGAACCGUUGGCGGAUUUAAAUAGACACCAGAAAGCUAUUAAUGUUGUAAAAUUUUCUCCCAAUAUCAAUGUUUUUGCUUCAGGUGAUGAUGAGGGUAAUAUAUUUGUUUGGAAGCUUCAAGAUAAAUCUGGAGAGUCUAUGAUGUCUGACAAUAACACUAAUGGAGGCGAUAAAAAGCUGAAUUCAGGAAACUGUUUUGAUGAAACUGAGGGAAAUAUUAAUGAAGAAGAUUGGUGUCUGUGGAAAACGCUUAGAGGGCACAAUGAGGAUGUUGUCGAUCUUUGCUGGUCGCCAAAUGGCCAAUUUCUAUUGUCAGGCUCAGUUGACAACGAUGCCAUUGUUUGGGAUGUAAAUAAGGGAGUGAGACUGAACUAUUUAUCAGGUCAUAAAGGAUAUGUUCAAGGUGUGGCUUGGGAUCCAUUCGAUAAUUAUAUAGUCACUCUUGCAACAGAUCGAAGCCUUAGAGUUUACAACACAGCUUCUAAAAAGCUUACGUACAAAAUCAACAAAUUUGCUGUUAAAAUCGAUGAAGAUAUAUUCAAAAAGACAAGGCUCUUUUACGAUGAUACACUUCCUACAUAUUCUAGACGAAUUUGCUUUAGUCCUGGUGGAGAAUUGCUGCUCGCACCAUCCGGAGUCGUCGAGUUGGAUGCUGAUGGAGAAAACUACAAAUUUACUAAUGCAGUGCAUAUAUUCCAAAGAGAUUGUAUAAACAAGCCUCGCUGCUGGAAUUCAACUGGAAAUCUUUAUAAUACAGCAGUUCGAUGCUGCCCUCAACGGUUUGAGCUUAGAAAAGAAUUAGAUAAUCCUUUCCCUUUUCCCUAUAGAAUUAUUUAUGCAGUUGCCACUCAAGAAUCGGUGCUUCUUUUUGAUACGCAACAACCUUCACCAUUUGCCAUUAUCUCAAAUAUCCAUUACACAAGAUUGACAGAUAUUUCCUGGUCUGAUGAUGGUCGUCUUCUAAUAGUCUCGUCAACCGAUGGUUACUGUACAUUUAUUAUUUUCGACGAGUUAGAAUUAGGAAUACCAUACAAUGGUGAUUACUACAAAUAUGAACCUACUCCUCAGAAUAGCUGUGCUGCAAGUCCAUCCAAAGAAUCACAAGAUACUGACCAAUCUGCACCUGAUUCUGCAUCCAAGCCCAAGAAAACACCAGAAGUAACUAAAAUUACUAACUUCUUCAGAAAGCUUGAUAAAACAGAAAUUAAAUCACCCAAUUUAAGAAGUCCUUUACAAACUUUAGGUAGUAUCAAGAGAAAAGAAAUAGUCGAUCUUUCAACUGAAGAAUCACCUAUGAAGAAAUUUCAUUGUUCUAGUGGGUCUGUUGAAACUGAGACUAGUAAUGAAAAUGUAGGCAAGUCCCCUGUUUCUAGCCAUCAAGAUGUACAUGAACGACCUAAACUUGGAGCUGCACAAAAAUUAACCGCAAGCUUUGAUAGGUUAGCAACAGAGGAGGAAGCUAGCUCUUUAAGUCAUGAGGAUCCAGUCGAGCCUAUGCAGGUAGUUGAAGAAGAACCUAAUAAGCCUGUUCCUGUAAUAAGCUCAUUUCAAGCACCUAAAGCUCCCAGAAGAGUUCCCUUUGUCACGUUAACUGCACCUAAAAAGAAAUGAAUCAUUUAUCCGGUAAACUUUAUUGUAGAAAUAAUUUUUCAUUGACUGUACUUGAAAUUAUUUUUAAAAUUAAUGAUUAACUAUCACUAUCAAUUUAAUAAAAAACUGCGAAUAUGCAAAUUAACUUUUUUAUUCGCAAUUU